GGUGGUUGGGCCCGGCUGCGGCAGAACGUUCGCUCGGAGAUGGCGGAGCCGCCGCGACGCGGCCCGAGGCCCCGAGAGCAGGGAAGCCGGGCAGCCCCGGGACGUGGCGGAGCCCGGGGACCGCGGGGACGCCGCCCAGUCCGCCGGGUCCGAAGCUAAAAUGCAGUGGUUAAGAGCAGGGCUGGAGCUUGACAGGCCUGACUUUGAAUCCCAAUUCCUCCAUUGACUGAGCUGUGUGAUCCUGGGCAAGUUACUAAGCUUCUCUGGACCUCAAAUUACUCAUAUGUAAAACGGGGAUAUUACUUACCUCUUAAGACUGAUGAGCUCGUUCUUGGAGAACAAACCAUCCUGUGAGCAGGAGGUUGUGAGGAACUCUGUCUGACAUCUGAUGUGACGAGCUCGGCCAGGACCAAAGGUGGAGCCUAACUAGAUUUGCAUCCCGAAGGCAUGGGCCAGUGGGCCAUGGUGACUUGAGACCGAUGAACUCUGUCCAGUUGCCCCCUGUUGCCCUUUCUACCUCCUUUACCCUAUACUAAGGGGACUUGUUUCCACCUUUGCAGGGAGCUGACCCUGCGGGAAUCCCUUUCCCCUCUUUUCAUAUCCUUCUACCCUCCCGGAGAGCCUCAGCCUAUAGAACUCCUACCUCCCAUCCCCUGAGGUGGUCCCCAUCCCUGCCUCACCUCCCCGCCAUGCUCAAGCUGUGGAAGGUGGUACGCCCAGCUCGGCAGCUGGAACUGCACCGCCUCAUACUGCUGCUGAUUGCUUUCAGUUUGGGCUCCAUGGGCUUCUUGGCUUACUACGUAUCCACCAGCCCCAAGGCCAAGGAACCAUUGCCCCUCCCCUUGGGAGACUGCAGCAGUGGCGCGGCAGGUGGUCCUGGCCCCGUACGGCCUCCGGUCCCUCCCCGGCCCCCCAGGCCUCCAGAGACAGCGCGAACUGAACCCGUGGUCCUUGUGUUUGUGGAGAGUGCAUACUCGCAGCUGGGGCAGGAGAUUGUGGCCAUCUUGGAGUCUAGCCGUUUUCGUUAUAGCACUGAGCUGGCACCUGGCCGAGGGGACAUGCCCACACUGACUGAUCAUACCCGUGGCCGGUAUGUCUUGGUUAUUUAUGAGAACCUGCUCAAGUAUGUCAACCUGGAUGCCUGGAGUCGGGAACUGCUAGACCGGUACUGUGUGGAGUAUGGUGUGGGCAUCAUUGGCUUUUUCCGAGCCCAUGAGCAUAGCCUACUGAGUGCCCAGCUCAAGGGCUUUCCCCUUUUUCUCCAUUCAAACUUGGGGCUUCGGGACUACCAAGUGAAUCCUACAGCUCCACUCCUGCAUCUCACACGUCCCAGCCGCCUGGAGCCUGGGCCACUACCUGGUGAUGACUGGACCAUCUUCCAAUCCAACCACAGCACUUAUGAACCAGUGCUUCUCGCCAGCCUUCGGCUGGCUGAGCCCCCUGUGCCAGGACCAGUGCCUCGCCGGGCCCGGCUUCCCACUGUGGUGCAGGACCUGGGGCUUCACGACGGCAUCCAGCGGGUACUCUUCGGUCACGGCCUCUCCUUCUGGCUCCACAAACUAGUUUUCGUCGAUGCCGUUGCAUACCUCACUGGCAAGCGCCUCUGCUUGGACCUUGACCGUUACAUCUUGGUAGACAUCGAUGACAUCUUUGUGGGCAAGGAAGGUACCCGCAUGAAGGUGGCUGAUGUUGAGGCCCUGUUGACCACCCAGAACAAACUCAGGACCUUAGUCCCCAACUUCACCUUCAACUUGGGCUUCUCGGGCAAGUUCUAUCAUACUGGGACAGAGGAGGAGGAUGCUGGGGACGACAUGCUGCUGAAGCACCGCCAAGAAUUCUGGUGGUUCCCCCACAUGUGGAGCCACAUGCAGCCACAUCUGUUCCACAAUCGCUCCGUGCUGGCUGACCAGAUGAGGCUCAACAAACAGUUUGCUCUGGAGCAUGGGAUUCCCACGGAUCUGGGGUAUGCUGUGGCCCCCCACCACUCCGGCGUGUACCCCAUCCACACACAGCUCUAUGAAGCCUGGAAAUCUGUGUGGGGCAUCCAGGUGACCAGCACUGAGGAGUACCCCCAUCUCCGCCCUGCCCGCUACCGCCGUGGCUUCAUUCACAAUGGCAUUAUGGUGCUGCCGCGGCAGACGUGUGGUCUCUUCACUCACACAAUCUUCUAUAAUGAGUAUCCAGGAGGCUCUCGUGAACUCGACCGGAGCAUCCGAGGUGGAGAACUCUUUCUGACAGUGCUGCUUAAUCCGAUCAGCAUCUUUAUGACUCAUCUGUCUAAUUAUGGAAACGAUCGGCUGGGCCUGUAUACCUUUGAGAGCCUGGUGCGCUUUCUCCAGUGCUGGACGAGGCUGCGCCUACAGACCCUUCCUCCUGUCCCUCUCGCACGAAAGUACUUUGACCUCUUCCCUCAAGAGCGAAGCCCCCUUUGGCAGAAUCCCUGUGACGACAAGAGGCACAAAGACAUCUGGUCCAAGGAGAAAACCUGUGAUCGGCUGCCCAAGUUCCUCAUCGUGGGACCUCAGAAGACGGGGACCACAGCUAUUCACUUCUUCCUGAGCCUGCACCCAGCUGUGACUAGCAGUUUUCCUAGCCCCAGCACCUUUGAGGAGAUUCAGUUCUUCAAUGGCCCUAAUUACCACAAGGGCAUUGACUGGUACAUGGAUUUCUUCCCUGUCCCUUCCAAUGCCAGCACUGAUUUCCUAUUUGAGAAAAGUGCCACGUACUUUGACUCAGAGGUUGUACCACGGCGGGGAGCUGCCCUCCUGCCACGAGCCAAGAUCAUCACUGUGCUCACCAACCCUGCUGACAGGGCAUACUCCUGGUACCAGCAUCAGCGAGCACAUGGAGACCCAGUUGCUUUGAACUAUACCUUCUACCAGGUGAUUUCAGCCUCCUCCCAGGCCCCUCCAGCACUUCGUUCCCUACAAAACCGUUGUCUUGUCCCCGGCUACUAUUCCACUCAUCUACAACGCUGGCUGACUUACUACCCCUCUGGACAGUUGCUGAUUGUGGAUGGGCAAGAGCUGCGUACCAACCCAGCUGCCUCAAUGGAGAGCAUCCAGAAGUUCCUGGGUAUCACACCCUUUCUGAACUACACACGGACCCUCAGGUUUGAUGAAGAUAAGGGAUUCUGGUGCCAGGGACUUGAAGGUGGCAAGACUCGUUGUCUAGGCAAGAGCAAAGGCCGGAAGUACCCAGAUAUGGACGCUGAGUCCCGCCUUUUCCUUAUGGAUUUUUUCCGGAACCACAAUUUGGAGCUGUCAAAGCUGCUGAGCCGGCUUGGCCAGCCAGUGCCCUCAUGGCUUCGAGAAGAACUACAACAUUCCAGUUCGGGCUGAUGUAUAAGCCUCAUACCAGCAAAAGCCCCCUGCUUCCCUAAGGGGCAAGCUCCAGAGCAGGGUGGUCCCUCCCCCUUCUACCUCAGUGGCCUUCAGGCCUGGGAUGGCUGAGAAGGGUAGGGCAUCCCUUUGCCAUAGUUUUGGGGUAUAAUAAAGGGGAUUCCCUUGAUACCCUGCAAGGUGGUACUAGGCACCUUUGGCCCAUGGUCUUGGAAGGUGGAGGGAAUGAGAGGGUCCAGGCAGAGGGUAGAGGAACGUAUUAAUCCAGUGCUUUCCCUCUUCAUCCCCAGCAGUGUAUCUAUCUAUACUGGCUAUGGGAGGGACCCCUUACCGUGGGAUCAAUGGGAUCUACCUGUGGCCCGGCCUCCCUAACGUCAUUCACAUUGAAUGGGGAUGAGGUCGGACGAUGGCUCAUAGAGCUGAGUAUGAGCCCUAGCUGUGGGCUAGAA